CCUCUGAAGAACCCCAGGCCCAUCCAGGCAGCGUCGUUAGGAUUAACAGAAGUCAGUACAAUCGAGUCACAACAGGGAAUGAUGAAGAUGUCUUCUGCCUUCCUGCUGCUGGUGCUGCUCUUUGUCUCUGGGCUCGCAACAGGACAGGGACAAGAAACACGCUAUGAAAAGUUUCGUAGACAGCACAUCGGCGGCAAGAUAACUGCAGACGACUGCGAUGCAGAGAUGUCACGCAAGCGCAUCUAUGCUGAAAACAACUAUUGUAAAGACAAAAAUUCGUUCAUCCUUGGCAGUCCUAAUAGCAUCAAAGCCAUUUGUCAGGGUCAAGGAACACAGUAUGAAAACACGCUGUUGACAAAGAGUAACGCACUGUUUAAAACUGUUGUGUGUGAACUGAAGAAUGAGGGAGCCAGGAAACCCCACUGUCAGUACAAGGGUCAGCUUCUCAAGAACAGAGCUGUUGUAGUUGGAUGUGAACAGCAGCUGCCUGUGCAUUUUGCAGACGACAUACUGAUUUUCGGAUAAAGAUUGUCCUCUACAUCUGCAUGUACUUCACCUGGUUGUUGUUGCUGCAUUGAAUGUAGCUGGUAUCACAUGAAUGAUAAAAACAAAUGAAUAAAAAAUGAUGAUGCUGAACCAGAA